UGCCGCCUCCACCACUCUGACGUCUACUAACCCCCCUCCCACCACCACCACCACCACCACCACCACCACGCACCUCUCCCCUCCCCGCCGCCGCCGAUGGCCUCCCAUCUCCUCCUCCGCCUUCCCGCCCCUCCCCCGCUUCUCCUACACUUCCCGCAGCGGCGAGUGACCCUGCCACAGAGCCGGGUGUCCCCCACGGCGCCGCUGCUCGGGGCCCGCCUCGUCUUCUCCCCAGCCUCCGCCGUCCGUCCGGCCCGGGCGAGGGGGUCCUCGAUCGGCGGCGCGGGGGAGGACGACUCAGACGGCGAGGUGGACGGGGCCCCGCGCCUCGUCGGGGAGGACUCGGCGGCGUUCCGGCUGGGCGACCAGCGGGUGGCGUCGUGGGUCUACUUCGGCGGGAUACUCGCCGUGGUGCUGUGGGGGCUCAACGUGCUGUGGAUCGACCCGGCCACCGGGGUCGGGACCAGGUUCCUCGAGGCCGUCGCCGCCGUCUCCGACAACCACGAGGUCACUAUGCUGCUCCUUACCAUCAUUUUUGCUGUCGUCCAUAGUGGUAUGGCAAGCUUACGUGAAACUGGUGAGAAAAUAAUAGGGGAGAGAGCUUACCGUGUAAUGUUUGCUGGAAUCUCACUGCCUUUAGCAGUUAGUACUGUUGUCUACUUUAUAAAUCAUCGGUAUGAUGGCAUUCAGCUAUGGCAAGUUCAGGGUAUUUCAGGCAUCCAUGAGCUUGUUUGGCUCUCAUCUUUCAUCUCAUUCUUCUUUUUGUAUCCAUCUACUUUCAAUCUUUUAGAAGUGGCAGCUGUUGACAAGCCAAAAUUCCACAUGUGGGAAACUGGAAUAAUGCGCAUCACUAGACAUCCACAGAUGGUUGGACAGGUAAUUUGGUGCUUAGCCCACACGUUAUGGAUUGGCAAUUCAGUUGCUGUUGCGGCAUCCGUUGGAUUAAUUGGUCACCAUCUGUUUGGUGUUUGGAAUGGUGAUAGGAGGCUGGCAUCACGCUAUGGUGAAGCCUUUGAAGUUCUGAAAAAGAGAACAAGUGUUAUUCCUUUUGCUGCAGUUAUCGAUGGAAGACAGAAACUACCCAAAGAUUAUUACAGGGAGUUCAUCCGGUUACCAUAUCUCGCAAUCACUGCAUUAACUUUGGGAGCAUACUUUGUUCAUCCCUUAAUGCAGGCGUCCAGCUACCAACUCCCUUGGUGAUUGGUGUACAUAACAAUGUCCACAAAGAGAACACGAUACAGAAAUAGUGACUUUGUACUUUGAUAGACCUGAUAGCCUGGCCUUGCAUUCGUUAUUUUAAUACUGGCCUGCUCACACUUGUUGUAAAAGAAGACUAACGAAAGAGUACCAGGUUGAUGUAGAUGGGAGUAUUCAAGACAAAUGGAUUGCACGUUGCCAUGCUUCCUGAGGACAUCUCUAUACUCAUUAGUUGUGCAUCUAUACCAACUAGUGAGCGUGCACAUGCAAGGCACGUCACGGAUAGACAUAUAUAACCAUAUAGGCAGAGUAAAAGUUUUUGUUACGUAGAUCGUGCACAAAAGUCAUGUUAAGCAUUAGGAGUGCCAAUUGGUGUAGCAAAUCCCUUUUUAUUUGCCUAAUAUUUUGUGUGUUCAUUUGCCUCUUCAAUGGCAUUUUUAAUGUCAUGGACACUCCUAUGGAAGAAUCAUUAUUAUCCGUCGCUAUUUUAAAUUUAGUACAUGUACAGAUUGGCUACAUCCAAUCCAGAUAGAUAUAUUUAUGUAUGGAUUAACAUA